GCGGAAGAGCUGGAACUUGCCGCCCGUGGUAUGGAGGUGGCGGAGGCUCGGGUGCGGGGCCCCGCUCUAGAGGCCCUGGCCAAGCUGGCAUGCAUUCUGGAGCCUACAAGCCUCCAAGAGGAGGCGGAAGUGCCAGCCCAGCUCCUGGCGGAGUUUGUGAUGGACUCCCGGAAGAAAGACAAGCUGCUGUGCAGCCAGCUGCAGGUGGUGGACUUCCUGCAGAACUACCUGGCUCAGGAGGAUACUGCCCAUGGACGAGAACCCUUGGCUUCUGAAGACACCAGCCGGCAGAAGGCAGUUGCAGCCAAGGAGCAGUGGAAAGAGCUGAAGGCCACCUACCAGGAGCAUGUGGAGGCCAUCACCAGGGCCCUGAGCCAGGCCUUGCCCAAGACAGAGGAGGCCCAGAGGAAGCAGGUGCAGCUCCAGGAGGCCCUUGAACAGCUCCAGGCCAAGAAGCGGGUGGCCAUGGAGAAGCUGAGGACAGCCCAGGAGCAGUGGCGGCUACACCAGGAGAAGCGUCUCCAGCAGCUGGCCGAUGCUUGUGCGGAGGCCAGGCUUCGGCAGACAGGAGCCCGGCAGGAGCUGCAGAGGCAGUGUGAGGAGCUUGGAGCCCUAAGGCAGCAGGCAGGGCAGGAGCGCGACAGGCUGCAGAGGCACCAGACCUUCCUCCAGCUACUGCACACUCUGCAGGAUCAGCUGCCAUUUCCCGAGGCAGAGGCGGAGCCCCCACGAAAGCCAGAUCUUGCUGAGGAUGAGGCCCAGCAGCAGAACGCCAGGGAUGCCUCGGGGAGAGGCGGGGCUGUGCCAUCCAAGUGAGAGACGGCCCACGGUGCAGUCCGGCUGAGCAGGGGACAGAGGUGAUGUGAGCGAGCCUCCAGGCAUGCUGGUGACCCUACACAGGCCCCCACUCCAUCCCUACACUGAGCUUGGUGGAGGGGCCUGUCACUUGGAAGGACACAGCUGGGGCAGAAGCUCUGUCUGCCUUUUGGGGUGAGGACAGAGCUGUGUCAGGUGACAGGAAUAUGGUCCUGCUGGCCCACACCCUCUGGAUCUGCUCCUGGUCCCUGGACAGGUGUCUGCUGCUGACAAUUAUGGGUUCACGCACCUGUAGAUGGCUACUUGUCACUUGUUGGAGCAUCUUCCUCUUGGGAACCCAGCCUUUGGGCAGUACUGGGAUGCUGGGCCCCUGUGGUUCUAAAAAACCGUCCAUUCCUCACCUGGACACACAGGUGUGUCCACUCGGCACCUUCAGCCCUGUCCCUUUGGAUGUGGCUGGAAUCAUGUGAGUCCUACGAUGUCCCCAGGUCCCCCUCCUGGCCUGGUCCUGCUCUACAACCUGGUGUGUGAUAUGCUCACCUGUCUGCUGGGGCCCUGGUGACACACCCAAGUGACAGUCAAGUGUCAGAUGCCUCAGAAGGUUCCAGGCUUGCUCCGUUUCUGUGUCUCCCCCACACACGCUUCUGCCUCCAGUCACCAUCUCCUGACCACAGCCUGAAGGACCGUUAGAAGCAGAAUGAGUCCCCACAAGGUCCCGCCACACGAGUCCCCUUGCCGUCUUGGACUCAAGUGCCCUCUGGAUUGCCUGCUCCCUGGGAAGGCUUCUGAAAAAGAGGAGUUCCUUCAUCUGUGCUCUGGUGUUGGCAAGUGACAUGGCCUCUUGUUGAGUUUGCUUUUUAAGGUUUACUUUGUCAUUACUUUUCCCGCCCCCCUCUGCUCUCACCAGACCCCUAUCCAACGCGCACGUGGGGCAGGAGGGCGUUGAGUGAGAGCUGUUUAAGGUGAUGAGUUUGGAAGCGGCUGUUUGUCAUUUAUUUUUUCUGAUCUCAUUGGUCUGGAAGACUUUACUGAUGAACAAAAUCUGCUAAUAUCUUUUAAAAAAUUAAUGAAUCUCAAAUAGUUGUCUUUUUGUUAAAAAUUAAUAAAA